UAGUCGGGUCCAAACCGGAGCUGCCACAAGAUUAACAAAUACUGCUCUUCACUUAUUUUGAAUCAAAUAACACAUUUAUAUCGUAGGUGUUUUUUGUUUUAUUUCAGGACAACUUUUCCCAACACCCCUAAAACACCGCUACAUCUUGCCUUUUGAUUGACCGCUGCAUAUAUUGUUUUUCUGUGUGCUGAAUUUUCCUCCUGCUGGAAAAGGAUAAAAAAAAAAAAACAACACAGGGGAAACUGAGGAACAAGGCACAGUGGAGAAUACAGGAGGUUGAAGGAAAAAGUGAAAUAACAAGAGACUAGCGGGGAAAUUGGAGGAACAGGUUGGGAAGAGAGCAAGAAGACAAGUGGAGAACCAGACUUAAGAAAUCCUUGCUUUUGUGUGGAGAUUUUUUUGUUUCCUAUCUGCUGAUUAAAGGAGCUGACGCCAUGACCACAGAAAUGCAGGACAUCGCCAUCACGGAGGAGAAGCCAUUACUGACGGGUCAGGCUGAAUCCAAGGAUGUUGAACUGGCUGCUCGGAUACUCCUGGACCAAGGACAGGAGCACAGCAUCGAGACCCCGCACGGUCUUCUGCACGUGACCCUCCACGGCACACGGACCACCCGUAGGCCCGCCAUCCUCACCUUCCAUGACGCGGGUCUGGACAGUAAGUCUCUCCCUGCUAAACUGACUGAGGCUUUCAAAUACUUCAUCCAAGGAAUGGGCUACAUGGCUUCAUCUUGCAUGACCCGUCUGUCUCGCUCCCGCACCACCUCCCUGUCCUCCUCCUACUCCAUGGAUGGGUCGCGCUCUCGCUCCCGCACCCUCUCUCAGGGAUCUCAGGGCGGACAGAUGCCGCCCAGCUCCUCCCAAACCAUGGAGGUGUCUUGCUGAAGGAAAACAUAAUAAUAGCUAAAGAGAUAGAGGGUGAGAAAGAAAGAGGGCAAACAGAAGGGAAAGAACGAAAUGCAACGAUAAUGAAGGAACAAGACGAAUGGGUUACCUAUUUGUCAUUUAACAACUCCCGUCAUUCCCCAUAAGAGCAGUAUAGGAUAAGAGAUGGAGAACCGUCCGCAUCAGUCCUCCUCCUCUCUGCUGAAAUCAAAGUGGAUUGGGCUGUUCUACAACGAAUAUAAAAAGUAUAGAGAUUAAUAAAAAGGGUGGAGGUGAGGAGAUAAUGGCCACCAGUCCUGUCUCCCUCCCUCUUUUGACGCCAAUACAGCCCUUUAAUUUAGAGGAGGCCUAUAGGGAACACACCUUGCAGUAACCAAUAGUAAUAAUUCAGAAAUGGUAUUGUUGUUCACCCUGAUGAUUAUGGUGUUGAUGAGGAUGUUGAAGCUAUUGAUGGUGAUGUUCAGUUUAAAAAAACAUAGGUUAAAAAAAAAGAAAAUAGAAAAUAGCAAAGAUACUUAUAACAAUGUGUGUCUACUACUUUUUAAGCUAGAUUUUACCGUGUUAUUUUUAUUUCUUGAAUCUGAUUUUAUUAUGUCAUUUGUAACCUCCCUCAGCAAAUGGCCGAAGCUACUUAUUGGUUGACCCGUCAGCCAAUGAGAGCCAUUAUACUGACUACUUCCUCCUUGAUGUAGCCAGGUUGUUUAUGUCUUCCAUUUGCCCCGUCUAUAAAUGACUGUUUUUGUUUUUCCCAUUGGAUUUGAGGAAGUGGGCAGGAAGCUUUAUUUUUUUUUUUUGCUUUUCUUUCUGGACUUGGAAGUUGCAUGCCUGGUAUCAGCCGAGAAUAUUGACUGGAUACUAUUUUUCUUUUUAUAUUCUGCUAAUGAGUUGAGUGGAUUUGUUUGUGUGUGUGUGUGUGUGUGCUGUUUUGUUUCCUUGGAGUGUUUCGCAAACAUGGCGGUCUAUAAGUAAGCAUAGGUGAGACUGAGUUAGCUUUAGCUAUCGUUAACACUAGUCACUCACUAAUUAGUGCUUCCAAUAUUCCUGGUAGUCCAGCAUUUUGUCCCAAUACCCAUGCUGGUGUACUACUCAACAGGAAGCAUUACAUCGCUAAGUAGUAUGCUAGUAUGGAUAUUGCUUCUCAGUGUUUGGUUAACCCAGAAGGGAUCACUGUGUUUAUCAUCUGGGUUGUAGUCUUUUAGCCUUGCCCGUGCAUGGAUACCUCCUAACAAACCCAGCUAGCAUACUUGAUUUUGAGUGCGAUGGGAAGCAUAAUGAACACAAGCUUCUCAACUAGCGACUUUAUCCAAAACGGGGUCAAGAGAAUUGUGUUGUGAAUGUUGCGAUGUGUAUGUGUCCGAGGAAGUAAAUGUCGGUGUGUAGAAGCGCUUGUAUCCUGUAAGCACAAUUAUUGCAGUAAAGACAUCCAGGGUCCUAUGGAGAAGUUUAAUUUUGAAUCCAACCAAACCCUCUGUGACUGACUUCUCAAUGACAAUGUUCCAGCCCCUUCACUGCCAACAGACUUGAAAAAAAAAAAAAAAAUGUUGCCAACAUCAGUCGAAAAAUAUUGAGCCUUUUCUUGUCAUACAUAGAAAAUAACCGCCAAUUUCUGCACUUCAAUACAACAAAUCGGGAAUUGCAGCCAAUAAGCUUUCUUACUGCCAAAUCUAAUGUCACCCAAAUACAGGGGUCAUGAUUUCGCCAUCAGAGAUUUCUGUGAGCAUUUAAAAUGUCCCACUUAAUCGAAAUUUCAAAAGCUUACCACUGCCCUGCAACAUGUCAUUAGACUGAGCAUACUUUUUGAAGUCCCAGUAUUUGGUCCAAGUAAGAUUUUUUUUCGGCGCACAAGUGCAUUUCUGAGCUUGGCCCCUAUUUGCAUGCUUUCUUGUACUGAUGAAGCGCUUUUCUGAAGAAGCUACAUUUUUAUGAAGGGUUGCCGGUUUCUGCCACAUGCUAUCUAGUGGUCCGUUCCCAAACUGUUUGACGAAGUAAAGAUGGAUGACGACAGUGACAGGAAAAGACAGCUGAGUGCCUAAAAUCAAAAUGUGACGUCAACCCAGGAUGCCGCCAUGUUUUAGGCACUUUUGUUGCUGUUGAGUGCAGAAGAGUAGAAUGUAAAUGCUCCUACCAGACUUAAAAUAAAGCUCAAGCAAUCUGGCAUGGGAGCAUCUACCAAAAAAAACUAUUGGAGCUUAGACAGAAAUUGCCAAAUAAGGAAAAGAAGUGGUACUUAUUUUUGGAGAGUUGAGCAGGGCUGUGUGAUUGUAAAUGCUUGUCCAUUUUGUCUUUUAAUUUUUACUUUGUUAAUUUUUUCUUCCUCCCUCUAUGUUUUAGGACUUAUGUUUAUAGUUUUAUCUCUUUGAAGUGUUAGUUUACCGUCCUGGUGUGCUCACAAGUUAGUUAACCGUGUGAUAGUUCUUGUGUAACUUUUUUAGCCUUAGUACUGAUAAGGGAGAUUAAUAGAAUUAACAAUAAAAAAAAAUAAAGGUAAGAAAAUACAAUCAAUUUUACUUGUGCGGCUUAUUUCUCUGUGUAACACAAUGAACCUACUAAAAAAAGCAAACGUAAAUAUUAAUAAAUGCUUAAAAUAAA